AUGGUGAAACCGGACGUGUCGAAAGAUUAUUAUGCUGACCUGGGGGUUGGCCCCAAUGCAGAUCAGGAAGAGAUCAAAAAGCAGUUUCGGAAACUUGCUUUGAAAUACCACCCAGAUCGCAACCCUGGAAAGGAAGCAGAGUAUAAUUCGAAGUUUCAAGCAAUCCAGGCCGCGCACGAGAUAUUGGUCGACCCCCAGUUGCGGUUGAAGUACGAUACUGGUAGACUGAGAGCUGGCUAUGGGAAACUGUACGGGCCCCCUAGGACGGCAACCCCUACACGACAAGCUCCUCCACAGCCAGCCUCGAACCCUUCCAGAAAGCCACAGGCUAGCUAUACUGCCCACCAUUACAGUAAACCCACCAACCCGUAUACUGGAGCAUACCCACCCCCUCCGUCUUCAGGUGCUCAAAAAUAUGCAAGUUACGCGAAGGCAGGCGCGCAAAAAUUUGAUAAGGUAUACGAAGAGUCUCGCGCCAGAGCUGAAGCUUUCCAAGGGUUCCACGAUAUGAAAAAUAAGCAACCUCAGCCUCAAAUGCCUGGUGGAUGGACUAGCUUUGACCCGCGAACCGGACGCUCGUCUGCCCAUGAGAAACCAGCACCCAAACCGCGUGCGCCUCACCAAAGGGGCCAGUCGGCGUACCAUGCCUUUGCAGAAGAAGCACGUAGAUCAGCAGAGACACCCAUUCCAGAGAAAUCAAAGUCAACAAAAACAAGAAGUGGCUUUGCACCAAGGACAGCCGGAGGAGAUGAGCCAAUGGCAAAGUGCGCAACCUCAUACUACAACAUUAGAGGCGACAGGCAUCGAGAUUCAGAUCCAAUAUCCUACUUUUUUGAGUCAGCUCCAUCGCCAACUGCAAAGAAGCAGCAAACAUAUGAUGACACUUCGGACUCGGCUCCUCCUAACCUUCGGAGAACAAGCAGCAGAUAUGCCACAUCCGGUGGAGAGAAAACUUAUGUACCCAAAUCUAGUAUUAACCGUUCUACUAGUGUUCGCGAAGAGACAAACUUACGCUCCCAAACCAACCCACCCAGCCCGGUCAACCCUACCACUAAUCCUAGCAGACGCCAUAGCGCCAGCCCAAAACUAAAGCCUAACAGACAUUCGGCAUUUUCUGCAUCUUCAUCUUCUACUACUUCAACUAGUGAAACAGACGAUACCGACGAAGUGAUUCCAAACUUCCGCCCCAAGGCAGUCCCUCGAAGCAGACUUGCGCAGACUAAGCCCGCAUGGAAACCAAAUUUCCCUGACAACAAGCCUUCAGGAACCGGUGAGAGCCCUUUCGGUUGGGCAAUGGGGCCAGAUUCAUGGCUUUUUGCCGAAAUUGGCGGCUCCCCAUGCCAAACGCCUUCCAGCUCUAAGAAAUGGAAUUGGCAUGCUGACAAUCAACCUGAAGGGUACGGCCAGAGCACAUUCGCCAACGAUGCCCCCUUCCCAGCCGAGACCCGUCGCGAAUCCUCCAUGGGCCGCACGAUCCCCCCUAUGCCUAAUGUGAGCUCCUUCAGAGUGACCUCAACGGAGGAACACAGGCCAAGUGCUGCAACUAUGUAUGGCUCUACCCCUACACCCAAAUCAUCAGCUCGAAAUUGGUCAGAGAAAUGGGGAUUUUCCCAAAAAUCUGGCAUCACAGCUGCCCCCCUCUCCCCACCACUGUGGGCUUACCCUGCCAACAUUCUCCCAAGCACAUUAGCUUCCCCCAAAAUGACACAGGAAAUCAAAGUAGAAGAGAAAAUGGAUGAAGACGAAGAUGUGGGAGGUGCUGCAUUCAACACUGACAAUGCAGGGAGAACACCUGGCAAAUCUUCUUCCGGACAUCUAGAUCUUUCACCAAGCACUCUAUUGAGAACAGUGGCUGACUAUUCUGCAACUUACAACAGUUUCGAUCACCCAAAUAAUAAUAAUGAAAGCAACCAAAAUGACGGCAUGGCACAGCAUACUAAGCCUAAGAGUAAAAGCCAUGAAAGCUUUAACUCUGGGUUUUCACCAAGUGAAUGGAAUUUUGCAUUCUCUAAUACCGCACAGUACUUUGCCCCUACACAAGGUGAUACUUUGGGUGGGCCACAGAAUAAAUAUGGCAAUAGGCCGCGGUCUCAUUCCCGCCCUACAACCUCUCCAUCAAACGAAUCACCUCAGAAGACCUCCAACCCUUUUAAGGAUUUCAAGGAUGUCAAGACAUCAGCCCAGCCGUCACCAUUUAAAAAUACUACCUUUUUGGCUGAGAAGCUGCCCGAUAGUCUGAACGAGAAGACGUGGUCUAUACCUUCUACAGGAAAUUCGCAUCAAAACUUAUUAUUUAACCAGAACCAAAAAGGUUCAAAGAAACAGACCGGUGGACCAAAACCGGUCAGCAUAAGCUCGGAGGCAGAGGAAGAAGAGGCAACAUUUUCACCUAACGGGGUCUACGGGGGUAAAAAUACCAAACGUGCAUCUAUGGGCAUGGUUGACGAAAUGGAUGUCGAUGAGGAACUGCCCACGGUCAAUGCACCGGACAUACAAAGUGCUAACAAACCAAAGUUCCCUACGACCCCAGCUUUUAUCCCAUCCAAUAAACCAGGAGGGAAGCAUGAAUUGUUCAAUCUGGCAAAAUUCGGGCUUGUCAACCCCUUUACAGCCAGCAACUCAAAGGGAAUUGAUGACCUCAAGGACCUGAACUCAUCACUACCAUUUGAAUCUGCAGCAAGCAGUGAGAAGCCUUCACAGCGGCCCAUCCACCCACGAGAUCUCUCGUUGCCAAAGCCACCUAAACCGCCAACUCCUCCUGCCAUGAUAGGGCCCCCACCUAUGCCUCGAACGGCCAUGGAAAAGAUGUCUCUGCCUCAGGCGCCAUGGGAAGUAUAUAUGCUGCAGAUGCAGGCAUACAUGCGUGAAUGGAACAACUUCAACCGCACCAUGCUAGCUCACUUCAACGAACGACAGAACCUGACGGAAACGACGCUAGCUCCUGGGUGGAUGCGAGCAGUGGGAGACAGUAGCCGAGUGAAACUGGACGGAACCAAUGGCGACGAUGCCGGAGACGGAGAAGAAGACCUACGUACGGGCAAGGGCAAGGCAGGCUACAGUGAAUAUCUUCGUGGCAUUGAAGAGGAUUUUGUGGUUCGACAGCAUUGGGAUGUUGCCUGGGAGCGGCAUCGGGAUUGUAUACUGGAUCUCGGAAAGGUCCGCGAAUGGCUACGCAGCGGGCACGGUAACAACGGACAGGGCGGUUUUCAGAAACCCGGAAUGAAGAUGCCGGCAAACUAA